AUGGGCUUGCGCCAGAGUUCCAAAACAACUGGAACAAGAGGUGAAUAUGGCACCAAUGCUACACUCAUUUCAUUCACCAGAGAGGAUGGUGGACUUCAUGAAAAACAAAUCUUUCCUGGACCUGUGGUGCUGCUCUUCAUCUGCGUUCGAGCAGAAGCCAUUAUCACCAGAGACUUUUCCAGGCAAGAGACGUGGCAGCUCCCUUCAGCAUCAGGUAAGGAGGUGUUGCUCCUGCAAUUCCAGACGUACAACUCUCCGCAUCAUUUCAACGCCAUACAUCAACCACCGAUAAGGAUGGUAGGCGAUGACAAUAAAUCUCACCAAUCCCGACCUAUUCACGGUACUAGCCCAGGCGGGGGACCAUCGGACGUUCUGAAACCAAAAAAGAACAAGGAAUUUGCGGCAUGGGCAGAAUACAUGGGUGAGGAGAAGGACGAAGCCUUCAUCACCUGGAAAAAGCAGAUGCAGGAAAGCGAUCCUGCCUCAAUGAAGAAAUGA